AAUUUUUAACCUUAGGAAUGUCUUUUUAUCAAUGAUACUUGUAUACAUUACACGUCUAUUUUCGUAUCACUAUUACACAACUGGAUUGAUUCGUGCCGUGUUCUAAAUUUACCAACCUUUCGAUUAUUUGUUUUUUUAAAUCAAAUCAUUCGUUUGCAAGCAAUGUCGAGAAUGAGCCGAGACCUGGACGUGAUAAUCUUCGGAGCGACCGGUUUUACCGGAAAACACUGUCUCCCCUUGAUUGAAAAAUUUUCAAAAAAGCUGCAGCUAAAAUGGGGUGUUGCCGGACGUUCCGAGAAAAAACUCAAAGAAUUUCUAGGCCAGUGCGAGAAAGAGACAGGGGCUUCCCUUGAGAAAAUCCCAAUCGUCGUGGCCAACGUGCAAGACGAAAAAACCCUAAGUGAGAUGGCCCGCAAGGCCCGGAUUAUCAUAAAUUGUUGCGGGCCCUAUCGCUUUUUCGGGGAACCGGUGGUCAAGGCGUGCGUUGAAGAGGGCACCCACCAUGUCGACGUCAGCGGGGAGCCCCAAUACAUGGAAGCAAUGCAACUGAAAUACCAUUCCCAAGCCCAGGAAAAGGGGGUUUACAUAAUCAGCGCUUGCGGCUUUGACAGUAUUCCGGCCGACUUAGGGGUGGUUUUCUUGCAAAGAAAAUUUAACGGGACUUUGAAUUCCGUUACAACGUUUUUGGAUGUGUGGGAGGAAGGGGGGUUUACGCCAGGGCCGUCGAUUAAUUACGGGACUUGGGAGUCAGCGGUUUAUGGAUUGGCUUACGCCAAUGAAUUGAGGGGUUUGAGGGCACAGUUAUUCCCGAAUAGAUUGCCGAGUUUUAAGCCGAAGUUGCAGAUGAAAACUACUCCACACAAAAGUGAAUUGGUGGAGGGGUGGGUGCUUCCAUUUUUGGGGUCUGAUCGGUCGGUGGUUCGACGUUCGCAACGACUUUUCUACGAGAAAGAAUCCAAAAGGCCGGUUCAAGUCGAGACUUAUUUCACUGUUAAAUCUUUCAUGGGUGUUGUAGCCAUGUCUAUCCUGGGAUUGAUUUUCUCGAUUUUGGCGAGGUUUGAGUUUGGUCGUAACCUUUUGCUUAAGUAUCCAGAGAAGUUCAGCUUUGGCUUCUUCAGUCGCGACCCUCCCAGCGAGGAGAAACUCGAAAGGGGCCGUUUCAGCGUUACUUUAUACGGAGAAGGUUGGAAGGAAGCGCUUCCUGAGGGAAGUGAUGAAUAUGCAACGCCUCCAAAUAAGGCAAUUGCGGCUAAAGUCAAGGGAAAAAAUCCAGGUUAUGGAGCUACGUGUGCCUGCUUGGUGCUUGCUGCCUUAACUGUUAUCACUGAGACUGAUAAAAUGCCACCCGGCGGUGGGGUUUACCCACCAGGGUAUGCUUUCGCAAAAACGUCACUGAUUGAACAGUUGGACCAAAAUGAAGUCAAUUUUGAAGUUUUGUUUGAGAAGGAUUUACCCACUUCUAAAUAUUAAACAGCUUGGGGUGGUUUCAGAGUUUAAUUAACCGUUAUUAACAUGUUAUUAAUUUGUAUUCUAUUUACGGUGUGAUUAAUAGAUUGUGUAAUAAAAUCAAAA